AUGGGCGCCGACAAGCCGAAUGGUGUGGUCAACUACUGCCGAAGACCAGUUCAGAGACCCUUCCUCCAAAGAAUCCAGUAUGGAAUCUGGAAUCCAGAAGACAGAACAUUCCUGGGCAGAACUCCACAUCGAUGGGGUGUGAUAGGGCUGAUCUACCUGGUGAUGUACAUCUGCAUCAUCAUCUUCUUCUCCAUCUGCAUGUGUGGUCUGCUCGCCAGCAUGGACGAAAAGAUCCCCUACUUCACACUCGCUGACUCCAUCAUUGGAGCUAACCCUGGCAUGGGUCACAGACCCAUACUGUUCGAGGAAGGAGCUCUCAUCUGGUACCAUGCUGACAAUGAAACUCAAGUCAAGAAGUAUGUGGAUAACAUCAAUGAGUUUCUCGCGCCAUACAACAACAAGAGCUUGUUAGUGAACCAGGGCGUGAACCAGCGUGAGUGUGGUGACGUGAAGCCUCCAAGAAAUGAGGUCUGCGCCUUUAACACUACCACCAACUUCGGGCCCUGCAACAUGGAGAAUAACUACGGAUACGCCAACAAAACACCCUGUCUUAUCAUCAAGUUGAAUAGGUUAUAUGACUGGAACCCUGACUUCUACGACGAUCCUGGCGACUUACCACCUGAGAUGCCUCCUGACAUACGAAAUUAUAUAAUGAAUGCUACUGCGCAGGAACGUCGCAAAGUCUGGGUGUCGUGUAUGGGUGAGCGGCCGGCUGACGUGGAAGCUCUGGGCGAGCUGAAAUACUGGCCCUACCCGGGUCUAUCAGAGACCUUCUUUCCGUAUGACAACACUCCUGGCUACCUGAGUCCGCUGGUCGCUGUGCAGCUACUAAAACCUAAACUGCAUCAAAUAAUAAACAUCCGCUGCCGCGCGUGGGCGCGCAACAUCAUCUACACGGAUAGUCUGAAGGAUAGAUUCGGCUCCACGCACUUGGAGAUCAUGAUCGACUGAAAGGGACCAUUAUUGCAGCAUAGAGGGCGAGAGUGAGACGUAACCUGAGUUGAUGUAGUGUGGGGCCUUAGAACUAGAUGGCGUUGUCCUAAGUUUUGAGAUAGAAAAAGUGGUGUGAUAAUGAUUGUUGUUGGAUUAUACUCAAGACAGGUUACAGUCUCAUUAGAUUAAACUCUCCUAAUUAAAUUAAUGUGUAGAAAAAAGUAGAAAAUUUAUAUUGUUUAUAUAAAAAUUACUGAAACGUCAAAAUGUAGAAAAAAGAAAACAAAUGUACUGAAAGGGCUGGAACACAUAAACUCAAUGACUGAAUUUGUACAAGAUUUUUGUUAUACUGUAGUUUUGAGUAAUUUAUAAACUUUAACCUUAGGAAGAUAGUGUGCCCUAAAGAUCAAGUAAAAAACAAAUAGCCCGAAAGUAAUAUUAGAUAUUAUAGGAAAAAAUUACUCAAUUAAAUUUCUACUUCAAUGACUCUACAGAGUUGUCGAAAAAAUUAUGUAUGACGAGCACAAAUUUAAAUACACUUUAUACUAUUUUAGUGAAAAAAUUAAUUAAUGAUAUCACCUUAUCUCCAAAGGAACGAAAACUGUACUCACCUCGUAUGGACAUGUGCUGUUAUUAUAAAUGAGUACUAAAAUAAAUUGUG